AAACGUGAUUCCUCCGCUGUUCAGUGCAAAGUGCGGCUCCACGCGUUUGUAACCUUUUCGUGCAAAGCAUUCAUUUUCUUGGUGCUGUUGAUAGUGGCCUCAUCGUCGUCCUUUGGGGGACCUCUCCUCGUGGCUGGUGACAGUAAUUAUAGGGAGAUUUUGGCCCUCUUUCAAACCGGAAAUGACUCUGACCAUCGGAUAAAGCUGCAGAGACUGGUCUCCUCCCACGUGGAAAACUUGCUCUGGCAAGUGAACAAGUUACAGCAGCUAAGUUAUGGUCAGGUCUGUGACUCUGUGCUCAUGGAGAAAGCUCGCCAUGAGUUGACUGAUCUUGUCGCAAAAGUGACACAGAGUCCGAACGAACAGCUCUUCGCUGACCUUGAGUCAAAAGCACAGGAAAUUACAAAGUCGGGAAAGCAAAGUUGCGACUAUUCACGCGGUUUGGCUUGUGACUCUGUCUCCAUGAAAUGCAUCUGCUACACGGGUCACCGACAUGACGUGACCUACGACGUGGUGAGAGAAGCUGGGUCCUGCAAACUGGACGAAAUGUCACGCUGCUAUUCCCCCAGCCAUUUGGUCUCACGUGGUGCGGCGGUCAUCCAUUGCAUAAAUGGGGCAAAAUGUGUAGGUGACCUUACUGGCCGGCGGUGUGUGUCGCCCGUGAUGAGUGAAAACUGUCAUUGCCAAAAGCCAUGUCCGGAUGGAUCGUUCACCAAUCUGAUUGACGAGUUGAAAAAGUGCAUUUCCAAGUUGAGCGACAUCAGCGUCCUCCAAUUUAAUGACUCCUGCUCCGCAAAAGAUCAGGCUGAGAGGGACGAAGUUGUGGAGGUCCUUGAGAGGUCGGGGUCGGAGAAGGCCGGACCCAUUAUUCGGGGGAUCAAGAGGUUACUCGCAUCUGACCGUUUCCUAUGUUCGCCACACGACCAGCUCGUCUGCGACCGCGACAUCCAACAGUGCGUUUGUGGGCCUGAGAAGGAUGGGAUUCUGUACGAGCGAGUGAACGACUCGUGUCUAUGGGCGAAGGGCUCCCGCUGUUUUCCCGAAGCGAUUUUCGAAAACGUGACGGGGUCGAAUGGGAGCUGCGUAUCGGGGACGGACUGCUUGAUGGAGGGUCAAACCAUCCCAUGUGAUCCCAACUUUGAGGAACCCUUGUGCUACUGCCAAGACCCAGCGGAUCUCGAGUCAUCAGGGAUGGUGACGGUCUUUUUGGUCCUGCUGGUCCUCGUAUUGGGCGGAGGUGGGGUGUUGGGCUUCCUCGUCCAUGCCAAAAUACUCUCUUGCCCACUCGGAAGUUCACCCGCAAACGUGUAACAAGUUUUCUCUUUUUACCUCUUGAUGAACAAAAUUUUUCCCAGUCAUUAAACGACUGACUCUUCAAAAACCUCAUCCCCCUGUCUCGUUGUCUCACACCCCUCCUGCAACACUUCACGGCCAAAUAUCCCCAUUUCCAGCAUUCAAAACAAAACAAAACGUACUGCAACUUCUUGAUAAACAAUGCAUUUAUUUCUCUACUUCAUGUACAAUAAAUAAGUAACGAUAGCAUGUCCGUGAUGAUGGCACAGAAGUUCAACUGACGAUGAGCAAGUCUAUAAUCCUCGGAGGCAAUUAAUUCACAUUCUAAAAAACCAUGUAUUCAACAAGUCUUCCAUAAUUGCAGCCUUAAUGCCAGAAUAAUAAUAAUAUUGUGUAAGUAUGAAACUAAAUUUAUUGGCUCUCUGUACUCGUUUAAUGGAAUUUAUUAGUACCAAAAACGUACCAGUAUGUGUAUUUAACUAACUAAUUAACUGUACUUAAUUAAUUAAUCGUAUCAGUAAAAAAUGUUGAUGGUUUUAUUUUUCAUAAUAUCGAAAAUUUCAAAUUUUCGUGAUUCUAGAUUUUUCACAACCACAAAAGGAAUUAUCAGAAGCCAGAAUUAUGUACUCCAUAAUAAUACGUAUUUAAAUAUGGACGAGUAAAUAUCUAUGUAGUUAUCUCACCACGUGUUGAACAUUAUGUAUAAAGUCUUCCAUAACAUAAAGUUACAAAUGCGACAAAAAGAGAAAGAGUAAAAAAAUGCAAACCAUGAUGAUAAAAUGUCUUCCAACACGUCUUCCACGCAACGAAACUCUUUCCCCUCCUCCUCCCACAAAGGAUGCGAAAACGAAGAUGGAGAGAAGGGGGAGGAGGAAAAAGAGCGAAACCAAGUCUUCCGAAAAUAAUACAUAGUCGAUCAACCAUUGCUUUCUACCAUGAAAGAUACGACGAUGAUGCAAAGUGAAUAAAAGUAAACGGAUAAAAAAUAAUAGACUUUUUAUUCUUGUCACUACGAAUCUGUGCGUGGAAUAUGUAUCUUAACUAGUGUCGUGAAUUUAAAGUAUGUAAGUAGUUCAAGAAUUAAAUAAUACUGGAGAGCAGGAACUCGUAUAUUCUAUUCUAUAAAAUUGAUGUGAUUUUUUAUUUUAAAAAAAUUCGACAACUAAUAAGGGAACCUUAGGUACUGUCACCUCUCGAUUUCCUUUCUUAAUUGACGGAUAAUUUAGUGAAACUAAAACUUUGUCAUAGAACAUACGGUGCAAAAUCACAUCUUCGUGAAAUAUUUGGUGAGAGCUGCUCCAAACUUGUCAUUUUUCGAAAAGUUAUUUUGUUGAAUAUGUUAAAAACUGACGAUACAAAUUUCCAGAAUUUUUUACAAUUUUUAAAAAUAAAUAUAGCCAACAAUUUUGAAGAAUGCGUUAACUAGACUGGCAUUGGUCAUGUUAUCUUUUUCCAUGAAAAAUUGGAAAUUUUCGGCCAUUGUAUUGCAGUAAGGAAAAAAUCAUUUUUUGAAAACUUUUGUAACGCCUUAAAGAAGUUUAGCACUUAAAUUUUGUUGAAAUUUCAAACAACGGCGAAAUUUAAAUUUAAAAAACGUUUGCAGAUUUUGACAAUUUGAAAAAAUGACAAAUGUUUGCAUCGUUUUUUUACAUAUUGGUGAUCAGCAUAAAAUUACUGACAGGUAUGUAAUGUAUAAACAUCAUUUCGUAGUUCCUAAGGCUGUUGUCUAUGUUAAAAGCAUUUGAAAAAUGACAAGUUUGGAGCAGUUCUCGCCAAAUAUUUUGCAAAGACGUGAUUUUGCACCGUAUAAUGUUCUAUGACAAAGUUUUAGUUUCACUAAAUUAUCCAUCAAUUAAGAAAGGAAAUCGAGAGGUGACAGUACUUAAGGUUCCCUUGUAAGUAGAAUUAAAUUGAAAUUUUCUAUAUCUUAUUUAUUACCUCAGCUAAAAAAAAUCAUAGUAAUUUUAAUUUUAAAGCCUUACAAACUAUGUCUGUAAAAUUGGGUCUAUCUGGUUUCUUUAUUAUGAAGUUAGUUUAAAGUGCAUCUGCAUGUGCAUGUCGUUGUUUAGUGCAUAUUAUAAAUAGUUAAAAGUGUUUAAGAGGAAGUUUUCCAGGUCUAAUUAUUUACCAAUUAUCGCUUGUUAUCACCUUGUAUCACGGGAUAAUUGCGCUUGUCAAUGUCAUUUCCCACCCGUUCUUAUCUGUUCUCUAGUCGUUCUAGCGAUUUCUUAUAUAUCGAAUAAUACGUUAGUAGAAUUGUAUGUUAGUCAAUCAUCAUCCAAUAAAUAUUAGAGGCAAAUGUCGGAUAAUGCGCCACAAUUAUAGUUCGUAACAUAAUAACCAAAAUAAAUACGUACAUAAACCUGACAGUUACUGGACUACGCAUUUAGCAGAUAUGUAAGUAAGGAGAAUACGUCAAUGUGUCUGUCGUACUGUUUAAUUAGUAGUGUACACUUGAGUAGAGUUUGAUAUUGAAAAUUCACGUGGUGUCCAUUUGCAAAGUAUCAACAAAUAAGUGUUCGUUUGGUAAUAAAUUAUCUGAACCUAUGCAAGUCGUACAUCUUAUUUCUUGUGUAACAAGAUUUCAUAUUUUCAUAUGGCAAGACGGUAAUGACGACUCCUUUCUUUGGCUGCUUUCUCCAAAGGAAGCGUAUGGAACUCAAAUCUGCAAAGUAGCAGUGGUGGCAUCAGGAGGCAUCACCAUUCCGGGUUUUCUUGGUGGAGAGGAACGAGUGCAUAUCUUACGAGACGACGAGUCGACGGACGGGAAGAUAUCGAUCCUUUUCUGAAGAACAAGCCCCGCUGGAAACAAGCUACUUUUUGGAACCUUUUCUUCUAAGCUCCUGCUCUAGUUCGCGUGAAAUAAACAGAGUCAGACCAAGUUAAGACUUUAAAGUCGAAAGUGAGGACAUGAGAAGGAUUGGGGUGACAUUUUCCUUGACUACUGUAGGCACUAGGCCGAAACAAUGGAUCGGGUAGAAGUUGAAAGCCUUCAGAGUUUGUCAGAUGUGGAGAUUGAGGGGUUUGCCUCCACCCCAGUCGCAGGAGCCCCACUCGGCCAACUCGGACACACAAUUGCUCACAGUUACCCCUGGCUGUCAAAAAUCACCACCCUCAACCUUGACCUCUGCGGGUCGGACUUGUCCCAGAGGAUAGAAAUCUCUUGUCCCAGGGGGCCCAGUUUCCGGACAGACAUGCAGCGACGGGGGGACGAGAACGGGGCGGAAGAACAAGUUCAGGACCAAAGACAGUUCACUCUGCUCAAUAGCAAGAAUGAAAAACUGCUCACUGUCGACUUCUCAAAGGACCGGAAGUCGUUUCACAUAAUGGAGCCCGACUCCAACACUUUCAUCGCCUUCUUCACAGUGCUUGAAUCCGUGGAGAGUUCACGCGUGGACAUUCACAAUGUCAUAGACGGUGAAAUCUACUACGUGGAUUCGUCCGAUACUCCGGCUCGUCUUGUGAUUAAGUCUGAGAAGGGUGAAGAGAUGGCAUCAAUUUCUAGACCCCCGCCUAAAUGGACACAGUUUAUGACCAUGACCAUGUCCCUAAACUACACAGGGGACGAGCGGGAUGGUUUGACCACAAGAGAAAAGGCUGUCGUGUUGGGCUUCCUGAUCGCUUUGGGCGUGCUAGGGAUGGAUUAUUGGAAGCGAUCCAGCAGCGGCCUCAUAACUUUCUACAUUAUUUGCAUUUUACUUUUUGCAAUCCUUGUAAUUUUUAUUUAUUGUCGUUUUCGUGACGGAAUAGGAUACAAAAAAACGGAGAAACAAGCCCCUGCAACUAAUUCAAUACUGGACAACAACACGACCUCAUACCUACGAAACUAUUAACUCACAAAAUUUAUAUGUCAACAUGGUCACGUCGUCGUUGUGAUCUUCUAAAUAAUUGUGUUGUGAUAAUAAGUUUGCAAUAUCUUUUUAAAUGCUCAACGCUUUCAUAAUAAAAUCAAUUCGUCAUGUU